AUGUCGAGUGACCAGGGGGAUGAGGUGAGGGAGAUGAUGGAGGAGCUGGUGAUCAAGGGGGGCUGGGUCUCCCCACUGCCGGCGUCUCCAAAGAAGAGAGGGAAGAGGAGGGGGAGAUCCUCGGACAGGAAGAGGGAAAUGGGUGGUGGGGGAGAGGGGGGGGCCAAGCGUGUCAUGGGGGAGAAGGGCGCUGUGGGGGGAAGAAUCUCCUGUGUCCUCGCUGCCCCCCCCCCCCCCCCCCCCCACCACCACCCAUUUCCCUCUUCCUGUCCGAGGAUCUCCCCCUCCUCUUCCCUCUCUUCUUUGGAGACGCCGGCAGUGGGGAGACCCCAACGCACAGGGGGGGAGGGCUCAGGAUCCCCUGCACUGUUCCCAACCUGUUUUGAGAUUGGGGUUUUGGAGGUGGAUGGUGGUGAGCCCAGGAUGCAGGGAACCCAGGAGCCAAACACCAUUCCUGCAUCCUGGGUUGGAGAGAUGGAGGGGAGUGGGGGGGCAUCUGGGGGGGAGUCAGAGUCCCUACAGGAGGACAUGUAGCAGGGGAGCAUCAGGUGAGCCUCCUGUUUUGUUUUGUUUUUUGGGGUUUAGUAGGUUGUAAUUUGUGAAAUGUAUUUUGGCAGGGAUUAUUUUUGUUACUUUAAAUGUGAGGGGAAUAAGGGAGUAUGUUAAAAGAAGGGUGGUUUUGGGGUAUUUAGAGGGGGUGGGUUUCGAUGUUUGUUUUAUACAGGAGGUUCACCUAAGGGAUAGUGGGGAUGUAAUACGGUUUAAGAGGGAGUGGGACAAGGGAGAGUCGGUUUGGGAUAUAGGGGGGGUGCACUCAUCGGGGGUAGGGAUUUUGUUUGGGAAUAGGGAGGUGAAGGUGGAGGGCACUUUGGUAGGUAUGCAGGGGAGGGUUUUGGGGGGUGGAUGUCACAGUAAGGGAUGAUAGAUAUAGGGUAAUUGGGGUGUACGGGCCACAGUUGGCGGCAGGCAGGAGGGAGAUGGUGGACUGUUUGGCGCCACUGUGUGCCACGAAUAGACACUUGGUGAUAGGGGGGGAUUUUAAUAUAGAUAUAAGGAGGGGGAGGGACAGUUGUGCAGGUGCCAUCGCCGGGCUAAUGGCGUGCCAUGGUCUGGUAGAUGGGGCCUGCACACUGCUCCGACGAUGGCAGGUCCAACAUGGCGCAACUCCAGAGGGGUCGAGCAGAGGCUAGACUAUAUUUUUCUAUCCAGGUCACUGGGUCAGUUGUCUGGGCGUUUGCUGCUUUUUUCGGAUCACAACGGGGUGCUGCUGCAGGUGGGGGCACCAGUCUGCCUCUUCGGUCGGGGGUACUGGAAGUUAGAACGGGAGGUAGUGGAUGAGCAGGCUUUCGUUAACGGUUUUGUUGUUUUCUUUAGGGGGCUUGAGGGCCUCCGGUCCAUGUGUGAGGGGGUGUUAGAGUGGUGGGAAAUAGCAAAGGUGAGGAUUAGGGUUUUUAUAAUAGGAUAUUGGAAAAGGAAAAAUAGGGAGGGAGGUGGAUCAUAUCCAAAGGCUGCUCCAACUCGAGCUCGAGGCAGGCAACCUCGGCGGGUCGGUAGACUGGGAGAGAUCCUCUGCCCUAAAGGCGCAACUUAGGGAGGUGCAUGAGCGGAAGGCUCGCGCUUUCCUGGAGCGUGCGCAUAGUGGGUUUUUAGAACACAAUGAGACUCGUUCUGCUAUGUUCUUUAAAUCAGUUAGGGGAAGACAGAGUAGGAAGGUAAUGUAUGGGGUUAGGGAAGAAAACGGUAGAGUAGUGAGAGAAACUGAGGAAAUGGUCAAGGUGACCACGGAACAUUUCCGAGUUUUUUUUCAAGAAAGGGCAGUAGAUGUAGAGCAGGGAAACGUGUUUUUAGAACACCUGUCUCGGCGAGUGCCAGAGGACAUUAGAGAAGUGAUGGAGGCUCAUAUCUCCCUCGAAGAGGUUGAGAGCGCCCUCAGGAGGAUGGGAAAAGGGAAGGUGCCCGGGAUGGAUGGGCUGCCGGCUGAGUUUUACCUGAAGUUUUGGGGGAAACUUGGUCCGGUAGUCCUUGAAGUCUUGAAGGCCAUCCUUUAG